UUCAAUACAAAAGACAAAAAUUCUCGUCAAGCAAGUGAAUGGGAUGCCGUGGGUAUGGUGAUAGACCGAUACUGUUUUUGGGCAUAUCUCAUUCUCAUCGUCGUGACGGGAAUGAUCACCUUGAUCCCUCCAAUGCCCUAUGAGAUCGAUGAAGACACUCCCGGUGAGGUUCUCUUCAAUCGCUUCAAAGAAUUGGCUAAAUAUGUUGAUCCAAUAGAUUAG